AUGAGCGGCGGGCGGGAGGGCGCGCUCAGCAGCGCCCUGGCCGCCAUCCCCUCCAACAAGCUGCCCGACCUGCGCUUCCUGAGCCGCGGCGCCUACGGCACCGUGUCGGCCGCGCGCCACGCCGACUGGCGCGUCCCCGUGGCCCUCAAGUGCCUCCAGGGGCCGCUGCUGGAGAGUGAUAGAAAGCACCUUCUGAAAGAAGCAGAGAUUCUGCACAAAGCCAGGUUUAGAUACAUCCUGCCCAUUCUAGGAAUUUGCAAUGAGCCUGAAUUUCUGGGCAUAGUAACAGAGUAUAUGACAAAUGGAUCAUUAAACCAGCUUUUACAUGGGAAGGAUGUAUAUCCCGACAUUCUCUGGUGCCUGAGAUUCCGAUUCCUGUAUGAAAUUGCUUUGGGAGUAAACUAUUUGCACAACAUGAAUCCUCCGUUGCUGCACCACGACUUGAAGACCCAGAAUAUUUUACUGGAUGACGAGUUUCAUGUUAAGAUUGCAGAUUUUGGCCUGUCAAAGUGGCGUGUGGUGUCUAUGUCACAGUCCCGGAGUGAAACAUCCCUGCCCGAAGGAGGGACAAUUAUCUACAUGCCGCCCGAGGAUUACACCCCCAGCCAGAAAACGCGGGCCAGUGUGAAACAUGACAUCUACAGCUAUGCAAUUAUUAUGUGGGAAGUGAUGUCAAGGAAACAGCCUUUUGAAGAAGUUAUAAACCCCUUGCAGAUAAUGUAUAGUGUGUCACAAGGACAGCGGCUAGAUUUAAGUGAAGAAAGUUUAUCGAUGGACAUUCCUCACCGAGCCCUCGUCACAAGGUUGAUAGCAAGUGGAUGGGCUCACAACCCAGAUGAGAGACCAUCAUUCUUAAAAUGUUUGAUAGACCUUGAACCAGUCCUAAGAACAUUUGAUGAAAUAGCUAUGCUGGAAGCAGUAAUUCUACUAAAGAGAUCAAAGGCACUGUAUGAAUCACGGUGUAUCCACAAGAGUGGAAAGAAAACACAUGCAGAUCAGACAUCUCUAAAUAUACCCCUGCAUCCUAAUCCACAAGAGGAAAUGCAUUCUACUUCCAUACAAUAUGAUGGACUUCCUCUGCGGAGCAUCUCUCCAGAUGUAUCAACAUACAAGUCUGUUCCCAAGUACAAUAUCCUCUCAUCAGAUGGAAAUUCAGGAGAUCUUCACUCACUCAGCAAUCAGAGCAUGGAUGAAAAUAUUUCUAUUACCCAGAGUGCUAAACUUCUCGUGCAUCCAUACAGUUAUUCUCCUUCGUCUGACAAGAGUAUUUCAGGUGCUUCGAGUUCUGCCCCAUGCCUGCUGCGCUCAUCCCCAACGCCCUCAGCUUCAGAUUUUGUUUUGGAAGCCACGCAACCUAAUGUAGCUCAUCAAUGGAUCCAAAGUAAAAGAGMAGAAAUUAUUGAUCAGAUGACUGAAGCGUGUUUGAAUCAGUCACUAGAUGCUCUUCUAUCAAGAUUUUUACUCAUGAAAGAAGACUAUGAACUUAUAAGCACCAAACCUACAAGGACAUCAAAAGUCCGACAACUGCUCGAUACCUCAGAUAGCCAAGGAGAAGAAUUUGCCAGAAUUAUAAUACAAAAGUUGAAAGAUAACAAGCARUUAGGACUUCAGCCUUAUCCAGACAUUGUAUCUACUUCCUUAAGACUGCAUCUUUGAAUUUAUUGCUUCUGUAUGAAGCCGUGUGAAUAUUUCUUACAAGGAAAGAAUUCUUACUUGUUUCUCUAUGGUAGUUUUAUAUCCGUGAUGCUUUGUCUUUACUGUGCCUUUCUAUGGUCUCAGCAGAGACACUGGGUCCAUCUAGCCUGCACUGGGUGAAUUGCCACUUAAUUAACUGGAGGGCAGCCAUAAAGCCAAACACUUGCUACAUAACAAAGAAAAAACAUUAAAUAUUCCUGUUUACUUUUUUUUUCUGUUUUACAUAGCCUUUCCUUUCAGCUGACAUCAUUAAAAAACCUUUCACAAAAGCUUAUUUCAUAUUUAGCACAACUUCUACAGAAACCACUACCAAACCACUACUUUUGUUGCUAGAGCCAGCAGUUCACAAGAAGUGCAAGUGUGAGUCAAAGGAGGAACACAGGGAUCGAGAAGGACACAAUGCUGAUUGUUACUAUUGUGCUAAAACCUGACAUGUUAGAAGUAGUAGAACCUGAUUCAGUUACMUCUCCUUAAAAUGUUCUUGCACAUAAAUGAUUAGAUCAAUGUACAGCUUGUAACGUAUGAGAGAGCCCUCUUUUAAUGCCUGUUACCUUUGUGUCUCACGUAAGUACCUCAUAUCUCAUUUUGCUAGAUGAAACUAUAUGUACGUAUGGAUUUGCUGUGGCUGUUAGUGUUUAUGCUGAGCCACAGUUUGGGCCUGCUGUACAAGGGUUCUGUGUGCACUGCCCUGCCAGGUUAGUGAUAACAUGAAUGGGGACCUUGGACGUAGCAGAGAUGAUGCUUCCUUUUGAGAGGAAAAUAGUGUCCUGACUUGCCUGAAUCUUCUUUGGACCACAGUCCUCUCCCACCUAAAGGAUGGUGGUAAAAUGUUUAGCCACAAAUGGGUUCAUCUGACAGUUUCUGAGUUUCUGCUCAUUUCAGAAAGUUUUAAUGAUCUGACUUGGGUGGUUUUAAACACAAUAAACAAUUACUCUUUUUAAUUUGCUAGAACAGAGCACAUGCAAAUGACUUGCAUUUUAAAGGCACUAAUAAAUAAUUACAAAUUCUGUUAACAUUAGUUAAAAUUUGGGAAAAUUCUAAACUGUGGCACAAGAAAGCUARUAUCUGCUUAAACUGUUUUAUGAAAACAAGUGUAUAAAUGAGAAGUCCCAAAGGAAAGCU